CCGUCUAGCUUCCUCCAGACGCCUCUCCAAGAGGCUGCAUCCUUCAACUCAGCUGAGCGCGCGGAGCUGCAGCCAUGGCGGUCACCGCUGAGGGCGCCCGCAGGAAGGAGCGCGUCCUCUGCCUGUUUGACGUGGACGGGACCCUCACUCCAGCUCGCCAGAAAAUCGACCCUGAGGUGGCUGCCUUCCUGCAGAAGUUGCGAAGUAGGGUGCAGAUCGGUGUGGUAGGUGGCUCUGACUACUCUAAGAUUGCUGAGCAGCUGGGAGAGGGGGAUGAAGUCAUCGAAAAGUUUGAUUAUGUGUUUGCUGAGAAUGGCACAGUGCAGUACAAGCACGGAAGACUACUCUCCAAGCAGACCAUCCAGAACCACUUGGGGGAGGAACUCCUGCAGGACUUGAUCAACUUCUGCCUCCGCUACAUGGCCCUGCUCAGACUCCCCAAGAAGCGUGGAACCUUCAUCGAGUUCCGGAAUGGCAUGCUGAACAUCUCCCCUAUCGGCCGGAGCUGUACACUGGAGGAAAGAAUUGAGUUCUCCGAACUGGACAAGAAGGAGAAGAUCCGGGAGAAGUUUGUGGAAGCCUUGAAAACAGAGUUUGCUGGCAAAGGUCUAAGGUUCUCCCGAGGUGGCAUGAUCAGCUUUGACAUCUUCCCUGAGGGCUGGGACAAGCGCUACUGCCUGGACAGCCUGGACCAGGACAGCUUCGACACCAUCCACUUCUUUGGGAACGAGACCAGCCCUGGUGGGAACGACUUUGAGAUCUACACCGACCCCCGGACCGUUGGCCACAGUGUGGUGUCCCCACAGGACACAGUGCAGCGAUGCCGUGAGAUCUUUUUUCCAGAGACAGCCCACGAGGCAUGACCAGGGACCACACCUGCCCCUUGGGACUUCCAGAAAGCUCCGCCCAGGCCUGAAGAGAGCCCCGGCCCUGGUGUUGAGUAGGGUGGUAGGCCUCUCCUCUGGCCCAGGAUGCCUGCCUCAUGUUACCUGCUGAAGGCCCACCUCAGUGGGCCCAGGGUCUGUGGACAGCUGUCCCCCGCUGGUCAGCACUGAUGGGACUGGCUCCCACCCUCCACCCCUGGCCCUGGAUACAGCUGCUGCUCGUUCUUCUGAACAGAACAGGUUUCUGUCUAUGCAGGAGGCGUGUACGAGCGUUGGUACGAGACAGAGCCCACCCUGCCUGCCCUGGAUGGGGGCAGAGCACUGGGAAGGUGCAUAUUUUCAAGAACUUUAUCUCUCAGAUAUUAAAGUUCCCAUGACAAGGUA